ACUCUCGGGAUAAAAACAUAUCCCAGGGCAGAAAUGGUCGAAGGGUUCCUUUGUUUCAGUUCAUGGGGAGCGUAUACCCUUUCCAUGCGGCCAAUAAUGUUUCCUCUGCAACAGUUUCCAUGUUGCAUAACAUCGUGCCUCCUUCGUGAUGUCAGCAGGUUAAAACGAUACAGUCAGUCAGCCUGCAGUGAGAAAGUUGGGAGUGGGCCUAUACGGCGCCUCGGAUAUGGACGGCUGCCCGGCUCCGCGAUUCGUCAUCGCGUUUCUCCGGCGUCCUCCUGCGUAUGCAUGUAUGCGACCGACCGACGGGCUGAUUUCAUAACGUGGGGAGGAAGAGAGGAAUGGGGCUCUGAGAACGAAUGCGCGCCAGACCCGGUGUAUGCUGUAUGCGCCAGCGGUGUUCGCCUCUCUCCCUGUUCCCGGGCCAUGCAGCCGCUGCGCUAGAGGAGAUGCGGUAGUGGAGGCUGCGGAUGCUGCGGUCCGAUCAGCUGUUGUUUGUGUCUUGAGCAUCAUCGCCGCGACGGCCAGAGGGAUAGGGAUCGAGAUCAAGCGCCGGAGCCAGGGACCCCGCAGAGCGGAUUACAGAGGAGGAUGGAGUUCAAGCAUCUGGUGGAGGCGGCGGAGAAGUGGUGCUCCGGCAACCCGUUCGACCUCAUCUUCGCCGAGGAGGACGACGAGAGGAGGCUGGACUUUUACGCAGAGCCCGGCGUCUCCUUCUACGUGCUGUGUCCCAGCGGCACCGACAGCUUCCAUGUGUGGAGCGAGAGCGAGGACUGUCUUCCCUUUCUACAGUUGGCCCAGGACUACAUCUCCUCCUGCGGGAAGAAGACUCUCCUGGAGGUGCUGGAGAAGGUCUUCACGUCCUUCAGGCCUCUACUGGGUCUUCCAGACAUAGAAGACGACAGUUUUGAGCAUUACCACACUGACAUGGAGGGAGAACCAGGGCCUGACCAGCAGCAGAUGGGUGUCAGCCAGCAGUGAUUAGCCCGAAGAAGAGGCGUGCGGCGGGGGCAGAGCUGCCUAUGAGCCCUGGCCCUCACACACACACACACACACACACACACACACACACAAACACACACACACACACACACACACACACAACACACACACAACACACACACACACACACACACGCACGCAUACACACACACACACAUACACACACAAACACACACACUUAGUCAACUUGCUAAAAAUGCACCACCACGUUCUUGAAUGUCUCAAUGGCUUUGCUUCCCAAAGAGUGCACUCCGUUGCACUUUGUUGCCCCCUAUUAAACACACACAUUAACACACACACACACACACACACACACACACACACACUCACACUCACACGGGCUACGUGAGCUGUAGCCAUGUACAAUGCAAGAAUCGUAAUCAUUUAUCAUUUGGUUAGUUAAAGUUCCACAGCACAGCAAUAUUACAUUGGCCUCGGCCUUGGCUUCGUUAUGCAGAAAUACAGUCAGAUGUUAGCGCAAUACCCCCCCAACCCCGUGGCUCUGGAGAUGAAUGUGACAAGAUAACCUACUCUCUGUCUUUUGACACAGAGGCGAGAUGAAAGCGAGAUAAAAAGAUACCUGGGUGAAAACUGGCGUUUUGUUUGCUACGCAGGGGCAACUGGAGUGACGCUAGGGGGCAAGAAAGGAGGGAGUUUCCGGCAACAAAGAAACGGCAGAACUGUCCUCUAAAUGGAGGGAAAGACGGAGGGAACUGAGGAUGGAUGGAAGGAGGGCAUGCAAACUCCCCCUGUUUUAAACACACCAUUCUAACAGUUGUAAAAGAAUACAGUGAAAAGCAUUUGACACACUCGCUCCUCCUGUGGAAAUCAAAGCAAGCAGCUUUACUGUAGCAUGGGUCAUUCUUUUGGGAGGUGUUGUCUCUCCGCGUAUCGUAGAGUUAAAAGUCACGUGGGGGAUGUUUUUAAUCAGCGUUACUAUCAUAUGACCAUCACAUCAAAGGCUCAUGCUGCAGCUUAAACCCUUCCCUGUCUGGAUGACACACCCUCAGCUCUGCUGUCCUGUAGUCUUCCUAUAGUUGCUGGUGGUUUCUUAGUUUCGCCCUUCGUUUUUGAGCACAGUCUGACAGGAAACCCUCCUGAAUUCCGCUCAGUAUCUACUUUUGCGUGGGUUGUUUUUCGAUUUAUCUGCGUCGUUCAAGGUUCCUCAUCACCACGGACUUCAUCGAGUGCACGCCUGAGCCCCUGAGCGAUAUUGCAGGGGGAGAGAAAACAUUUGUCUAGAGCCACCCCCUCUGCCUGCCCUGUUAUUUCUAAUCUGACAGUAUGUGGUUGUACGUCACACCCAGUGCACUGCAAUGCUUCAGGCCCCCCUUCGCGCCCUCGAGCACUCGAUCCACAGUGCAAGACUGUAUCAUAUUUAUCUUGCACCGCUUACUUUGGCUUGUAAAUGUUUUUGUCUUUUUAUUGCCUCUUAGAAUGUCUCUCAUACAGUGUACCCUCUGUUUGGCCUUCGACGUGUGUGAAAUUGUUCAAUAAAGCGUGUGAACAGAG